GGUCAGUGCUCUUCCCUGAUUGGUCAGUUGGGUUGCGGUUCUGUCAACGCCCUUUUAUUGGGAUUGGUCGGUUGGUUUGGGUUGGGGGGGGUGGUGGGGGUCAGUGCUCUUCCCUGAUUGGGGCAGAGCCUGGAACCGCCGACCGAUCCCUCCCCCCCACGGGUUCACCCGCCAGCCGCCGAGAUGUUGCACUUCACCAGCUGGUCCUGGGACGUGCCGCCGCUGGCGGACGGGACAAAACGCGAGGCGGAGGCACCCCCAGAGGCAGAGGCGAUGGACCCGGGGCCCCUCGGGCUGGUGGCGGAGAGGAUCCGGCUAUUCGACCGCGGCAGGGUGCGCACCUGGGAGGGGGCGGCCCCGUCUGCCCAGCACUGGGCACAGGGGGUGAAGGAGAGGAAGACAAGACAUCUGGGGUACCAGUCUGCAGGUAAGAAAGUCGGGAGGCACGGCUCGGAGUAUGCCAGCCUGGCCGGGGAGCAGGCCGCCGAUCCAGCCCGGGACAGUAGCAGCACUCGAGUCGCCGAGGGCAAGGAGUCGGAGAAGCUACAGAAGUUGAACCAGAAGCUCACCGUCUACAGCCUGUUCGGGCUGCCCCGUCUCCCCGAGGGCCAGCGGAGGUUGUGGGCGGUGGGGGAGGGACUGAAGGACCUCGUCAGCCCCAAGUCCUCCUCUCUCCCUCUCACACUCUCUCUCUCCAUCUCUCUGUCUCUCUCUCUCCCUCUCACACUCUCUCUCUCCAUCUCUCUGUCUCUCUCUCUCUCCCUCUCACACUCUCUCUCUCUCCCUCUCACACUCUCUCUCUCUCUCCAUCUCUCUGUCUCUCUCUCUCUCCCUCUCACACUCUCUCUCUCUCUCCAUCUCUCUGUCUCUCUCUCUCUCCCUCUCACACUCUCUCUCUCUCCAUCUCUCUGUCUCUCUCUCUCUCUCCCUCUCACACUCUCUCUCUCCCUCCAUCUCUCUCUGUCUCUCUCUCUCUCCCUCUCACACUCUCUCUCUCUCUCCAUCUCUCUGUCUCUCUCUCUCUCCCUCUCACACUCUCUCUCUCUCCAUCUCUCUGUCUCUCUCUCUCUCUCCCUCUCACACUCUCUCUCUCUCCAUCUCUCUGUCUCUCUCUCUCCCUCUCACACUCUCUCUCUCUCCAUCUCUCUGUCUCUCUCUCUCUCUCCCUCUCACACUCUCUCUCUCCCUCCAUCUCUCUGUCUCUCUCUCUCUCCCUCUCACACUCUCUCUCUCUCUCCAUCUCUCUGUCUCUCUCUCUCUCCCUCUCACACUCUCUCUCUCUCUCUCCAUCUCUCUCUCCUUCUCACACUCUCUCUCUCUCUCUCUCCCCCACCCCCAGGAGUCGGAGAAGCUACAGAAGUUGAACCAGAAGCUCACCGUCUACAGCCUGUUCGGGCUGCCCCGUCUCCCCGAGGGCCAGCGGAGGUUGUGGGCGGUGGGGGAGGGACUGAAGGACCUCGUCAGCCCCCCGUCCUCCUCUCUCCCUCUCACACUCUCUCUCUCUCCAUCUCUCUGUCUCUCUCUCCCUCUCACACUCUCUCUCUCCAUCUCUCUGUCUCUCUCUCUCUCCCUCUCACACUCUCUCUCUCUCUCCAUCUCUCUGUCUCUCUCUCUCUCCCUCUCACACUCUCUCUCUCUCUCCAUCUCUCUGUCUCUCUCUCUCUCCCUCUCACACUCUCUCUCUCUCUCUCCAUCUCUCUCUCCUUCUCACACUCUCUCUCUCUCUCUCUCCCCCACCCCCAGGAGUCGGAGAAGCUACAGAAGUUGAACCAGAAGCUCACCGUCUACAGCCUGUUCGGGCUGCCCCGUCUCCCCGAGGGCCAGCGGAGGUUGUGGGCGGUGGGGGAGGGACUGAAGGACCUCGUCAGCCCCAAGUCCUCCUGGAGGGAAUUUGUUCCGGGACACGAGGCUCUGUCCCGCCAACAGAGGCACCUGCAGGAAUCGAUCUGGGAGCUGAUUCAGACGGAGGCGGCCUACCUCAGGAACCUCAGUAUCGUCACCGAU